AUGGAUGCUUUUGUUACACGUACUCCUGGAAGUCGAAAACGUAGACUUUUUUCACAAACAUCUACUCCAUUAAAUUCAAUAUCCUCACAAAAUGACACACAAGUAUCAUCACAAAAUGAAAAUAUUGUUGAAGAGUCUAUGCCUUUUUUGGAUGGAAUUUCAAGAACAGAGUAUGUUGAUAAAGUUUCAAAUUUUAGUACAGAAGAUGAGUUAUCUAAUAUUCUUUCUCUAUUAGAAUUAGGAGAUGACAUUAAUAAUAUUGUUCCUGGUGUUCAACAAAUUAUUUUUGAUGAGGAUAUGACUAAUGAGAGGUAUAGAUUAAUGGAAGUUGACAGCAGCCUCCUAGACUAUUUUACUGAUCCUAAUACAGAGUUGGUAUUUCGUGGUAAUUUUAAAGAUGAUUUAACAUUAUGUACAAAUGAAAAAACAUUCAAAGUUAUGGAAAAUUAUACAUCUAAAACUUAUUUACUAUUCCCAGAAUUUAAAUUUUCAGAUUUUUUUAAUGAAAUUAAUUGUAAAACUAUUCAUAAGACAAUUUCACAAGGUGUCUUGGAAAGUAUUUUAGUAUUAGAGGAACAAAAAAUAUGUAAUACUAAAGCUGUGGAGGAAUAUUUUAAGAAUAGUCAACUUAAAUCUUUUUCUUCAAAUAAUGAUAUUUCUUUACAACAAAAAAUUAUAACUAUUCAUGAUCUUUUAAAUGACAUUCAGUUAAGUGAAAAAGAAUUAAUUAGUUGUUUUGAUAAGUUACCUAUUAUUAAUGAAAAUGGUAUGUAUUACUGGAUUUCUGAUGAAUAUCAAAAAGAAUUUUUUGAUACUUUUAUAAAUACUUUGGAUGGUUCAAUGUAUGAAGGAUUUGGUAUAGAGUCAUUAAAUUUUACUUUACUACGAAAAAUAUUUCCAGAACAUGUAAAAGAUGGUGUUAUCGAGUGGUUUUUAAAAUGUUUCUGUAAGGUAGAUGAGAAAGACUCUUCAAAUUAUGUUUUAAUGAAGGAUAAAUUUAUCCUAAAUUGUGUGAAGUAUAUUAUUAAAAAAUUAAAUAUUAUCAAAGUUGUUGAAUUUACAAAAAUAGUUAAUGAAUCUUUACCAUUUGGAUUAGAAUUUGAUAUAAAAAAGCAUUUAAAAGGACUGGGUGUUAUACAUACUUCAAUUACAGGUGAUACAAUUCAAUAUAUUGAUAUUAAUAUGUUAUCAAAUGAUGUUAGAAAUCGCCUAAAGCAACUUUUUUCUUACAUUAAACAAUGGGAAUGUGGUGAUAUAUAUCCAUUUCUUCUUGAUAUUUGUGGUGAUGUUAAAGGUUGUGAUGAAGCAUUAAUAAAAUAUUGUAGAUCCAUAAGAAAUGGUAAUUCAAGAAUUUAUGUUGGAAUGAAAUAUGGAUAUUAG